AUGCUCAAGUCUCUGGCAACGAAGCCGAUGUGGCAGCGCUGGUCCAGCGCGCCUCGUAGCCCUCCUCCCCCCCACGUAGUCUUCCAAUCCGCUAGGAUAUCUCCUCGUCGAUCACUUAGAUCCAUGGUUUUCGAGGUAUACGACUGGCGAAGAGCGAACCAGCGGGGGACAAAUAGUUAUCACCAGUUCUCUGCUCUCGCCCGAAGAUUUUCACCGAGGCCCCAUGACGAUGGAAAUUUGAUGGUGAGGUACAUGCUCCUCGGCCUGCCUCGAGGAUACUGUAAUUGCCGCGCCAGCGCCGGCGCCCUUUCUACGUUGUGUACUUGGUGUGGUUCGCAGUCCGCCAGACACAUCUGCACGUUGAAAGCGGCACUUUAA